UUGCAUCGCUCGGCCACCGGCAGGCCGGCCCCCGGCAAUGCCCACACCUGGCGCCUUGGCCCGCCGCCGGGGGCCCGGUACAAUGACACCUACCCCCUGUCCCCGCCCCAGCGCAGCGCCGAAGGGGUGCGCUACAGGAUCGCCGUCAUCGCCGACCUGGACACGGGCUCCAAGGGCCCGCAGGAGCACACCUGGUUCAGCUACGCCAGCGGGGACCGCGUGACGGUGGAGUGGGACCGGGCCGACAGCGUGCUGGAGUCCCACCUGGCCGAGAAGGGCCGGGGCAUGGAGCUCUCGGAGCUGGUCGUGUUCAACGGGAGGCUGUACGCCGUGGACGACCGGACCGGGGUGGUGUACCUGAUCGAGGGCACCAAGGUGGUGCCCUGGGUCAUCCUGUCGGACGGGGAUGGUACCGUGGGCAAAGGUGAGCUCUGCCUCUCCCUCGUCGCUUCAAGGCUGUUCGUGGGCGGCCUGGGGAAGGAGUGGACCACCACCACCGGGGAGGUGAUGAACGAGAACCCCGAGUGGGUGAAGGUGGUCGGGUCCAAGGGGGACGUGGCCCAUGAGAACUGGGUGUCCAACUACAACGCGCUGAGGACAGCGGCUGGCAUCAGGCCUCCAGGGUACCUGAUCCACGAAUCGGCCGCCUGGAGCGAGAGGCUGCAGCGCUGGUUCUUCCUGCCACGCCGGGCCAGCCACGAGCGCUACGACGAGAAGGCCGACGAGCACCGGGGCACCAACCUGCUGCUGCGGGCCACGCCGGACUUCAGCAACAUCGCAGUCAGCCACGUGGGGGCUGCCGUCCCCACCCACGGCUUCUCCUCCUUCAAAUUCGUCCCGGACACAGACGACCAGGUCAUUGUGGCCUUGAAGUCCGAGGAGGACGAUGGCAAGGUGGCCACUUACAUCAUGGCCUUCACACUGGACGGGCGUGUCCUGCUGCCAGAGACCCGCAUCGGGGCCACGAAAUACGAAGGGAUUGAAUUUAUUUAAGGGAGCUGCAGAGACCGGAGCGGGGACGUCCCGGGGUCGGGCCUGUGGGGCACGCAGAGCUUGGCGCCGCAGGGGGAGUGCCUCGGCCGGCCUGGAUCCCCGGG